CCUGUCAGCGGGGCGGAGGAGGAAGAAGAUGAAGAUAAAGAUGACGAUGAAGAUGGCGUGCGACUGCUGCGUUGUGUUUCUUCUCCUUUUUCUUCCUGCCUGUCAGUCAGCGCACGGCCGCUACGCUCAGAAGCUCCUGAGUGACUUGUUUGCCAACUACACGAACGCCCUGCGGCCGGUGGCGGACACGGACCACGUCAUCAACGUGACGCUGCAGGUCACGCUGUCGCAGAUCAUCGACAUGGACGAGAGGAACCAGAUCCUGACCACCUACCUGUGGGUGCGGCAGGUCUGGAUGGACGCCUUCCUGGCCUGGAAGAAGGACGACUACGAUGGGCUGGACACCAUCCGCAUCCCCAGCAGCUACGUGUGGCGGCCCGACAUCGUCCUAUACAACAGUGCCGACGACGAGUUUUCCAGCUCCAUGGAAACCAACGUUGUCCUGAGACACGACGGCCAGGUGAUGUGGGACCAGCCGGCAAUCACCAAGAGUUCGUGCUCAGUGGACGUGGCCUUCUUCCCCUUCGAUGUGCAGCAGUGUCACCUCACUUUUGGCUCUUGGACUCACAACGGCAACCAGAUGGACUUGUUCAACGCAUUGGACAGCGCCGACCUGGCAGACUUCAUCCCCAACGUGGAGUGGGAGAUCCUGGGCAUGCCGGCCAAGAAGAACGUGAUCCUUUAUGGCUGCUGCUCAGAUCCGUACCCGGACAUCACCUUCACCCUCCAUUUGAAGAGGAGGUCCUCCUUCUACAUUUUCAACCUGCUUCUUCCCUGCAUGAUGAUCUCCUUCCUGGCGCCGCUGGGAUUCUACCUGCCGGCCGACUCCGGAGAGAAGGUCUCGCUGGGCGUCACCGUCCUGCUGGCCCUCACCGUCUUCCAGCUGCUGGUGGCUGAGAGUAUGCCGCCCUCCGAGAGCGUCCCACUCAUCGGAAAGUAUUACAUCGCCACGAUGACGAUGGUGACGGCGUCGACGGCGCUCACCAUUUUCAUCAUGAACAUUCACCACUGCGGCCCAGAUGGACACCCCGUGCCGGCUUGGGCCGAACGCUUCAUCCUCAAAUAUUUGGCCCGCGUGUGCUUCAUGUACGAGGCGGCGGACGAGCGCGCCGGAGGCCCCGUCCUCCCGCAAGCAGCCGGAAACCGACGGGAACAAGUGCAACGGCGAGGCGCGGGGGCUCGACAAGAGCGUGCGGAAGGAGGAGGCCUUUGGCACGCUGGACCGCGUGGAGGUGGGUGGAGAUGCCGCGGAUGGCGAGCAGUCGGGAGGAGGCGUCACGGAGAGCAGGCAGGAGACGUGCGCGUGCCAUCAUCAUCAAGGACUGCGCAGGAACGUGGAGUACAUCGCCAACGCCUACCAAGACCAACGCGCCGCCCAGCUGCGUGUGGGAGAAUGGAGGAAGCUCGCCAAGGUCAUGGAUCGCUUCUUCAUGUGGCUCUUCUUCAUCAUGGUCUUCAUCAUGAGCAUCCUGAUCCUGGGGAAGGCCGUCUGAUGCGCGCCCGAGCACCGGUACCUUGACUUUUGAGCGCCCCAACCUAUGAGCUUUUCGAGCUUCGAGCCGCUGAUGUUUUUGCUUUGUGUUGCGAGCCAAAAUUUGAGUUGCAAGCGAGCUUCAGAUGCCCGCUCGAGUGACGUGAAAAGGUUCUGUCAUGCCCUCGCACGUGGGCAAGGAGAGCUAAAGUCGCCGAUGCAAUUUCAGAUGUUUAUUGAACAGGAUCAACAGUCCAACAGUCCACAAACAAAAAAAGGAGGGUACACGCAAGGAGCGAGUAUUUUCUUUUUUUAAUCAUCGAUGAAUUGCAUAAAAAAAAUUUUUUUUCCAUCCAUUUAUUCAAAAACAGGACUAUUUCAAAAUGACAGUGAAGAAAAGGCACAAAAUUAAAUUGAUUAUGAUUCAGUCAGUGGUUUGGAAAUGUUUGGCAUGUCAGAAAAUGGGCAAAAACGUUGAUCAUUAUGUUUUCAAAUGUCUUAUUUUGGGAUCAACAUGACAAUAAUUAAUCCGCUUUCAUGGAGGAUUACAGACAUCUGAGAAUUUUUACUGCUGAGAGGUAAAUUAAAUUAAACAAGGUCUACAAACGAUUAAUCGAUAAUCUGAUAAUCGAUUAGUUGUGGAUUCAUUGAUUAAUUGAUGCACCUCUAUUAUACAGUGUUUUAUCUCUUUAUUAAAAGAGAGGCUGGAGCAGAUUAACUACAUUUCAAUGAAUUUCAAUGGGGAAAUUUUAUUUGAUAUACAGUGCAAUUGAAUUGUGGUAUGGGCUUAGUCACUGAAGGAAUUCAACUCUUAAGUCAAGGUACCGCCGUACUCAUCAUCAGCCCACGCGGCCGUCGACAUUAUUGCUCCGUGCCGUCAUCGCCCAAGCCGCCAUGGAGAUACUCUCCGUGGCCCCGCAGCACCACCGCGGCCGUUCUGGACGUCACCAUUGCUCCGUGCCACCGCGGAGAUACUCGACACCGCCGUGGCUCCAGCUGGGAUGGAGGACUUGUCUUCUUUCCAUCGCCCCGAAGUAGAGCUUUAAAAGCAAAGUGUGUGCGCGUGUGUGUGUGUGUGUGUGUGUGUGUGUGCCAAAUGUAUCAAGAAGUCACACGUCACAUUAA